AUGAGCUACUUGUCACCACUUCCACAUUAUUCAUCACCAAGGUAUCUCUUUGCUUUUUGGUGUUGCGUCAAUUUUUUGUUGCCCACUUUAUAAAAAAGAUCGUAAUUUGAUUUUCAGCCUCGGCCGUUCUCGAUCAUAUUCAACUUUAUCAACUUUGGAUAACUCGAUUGACACAUGGGACCCCCGCCUCCGCCUCCACCACCCCCUGUACUCUCAACCGUGAGUUAAUUUUUCAAAAUUUUUUAAAAUAAUUUUUUAUUUUGAAGACAACGUCAUUACCAUCUCGCCAAUGGAAGACAGAGAAUGCACCAAGACGUGUCGACAAUUCCACACUUCGUAUGUUUUUCUGAACAACUUUUGAUCUUUUUUCAAACAUAAUUUUCAAAUCACCUCGAGAACUAUGAAAAAGUAGUAAUUUUUGGAAUUUUCCCGAAUAUAACUAAUGAGUAUUUUCAAAAACAUCUGUUCAAAAUCUUUGCUCGAGUUUCCGAUUUCUAGUCAAUUUUUUUUACUUCAAGAGUCUAAAAGAUAAUGUUUUUUUUAAUUGAAAAUCUGUUCAGCACAAGGUGUAGUAAUUUCCUACCCAAAUUCUUUAGGCUUCAAAAUUUUAAAGAAUUUUUCUGGUAGAUCAAAAAUAUUUUUUUCUCUAAAUCUCUCAAUUUUGCGUUGAAUUUCGUCGUUUUUAGUCCCACCUUUAAAAUUGUGUCAGGUCUCAAAAAAAGCGCGAAAUUUUUGGGUAGUGAAUUUUUUUUAUUAGCGGUUUAGAGUUUUCCUAUUCAUCAAAUUCUAUUCACGAUGUUCGCAAUUAUUUAUCCAAUCCCCAAAUAUUGUUUUCAGCGUCGUCCAAGCCGACCCGUCCCACAGUGGACGCUGCGGCAUUACAGCACGCAGCCGCUCGUCUGCGUAAGACCGGCUACAACGAACCGGUUCGAAGUGACAUCGAGAAUCUAUCCGAUGAACGAAUGGGACGAUCGAAUCAACGAACUUUUGACGGAGAUCGGUCGAACCGCUCGCAGUUCAGUCAAUUGGAAUGCAAUCAACCCGGAGAAACGAUUCUUGCUACGCCCGCUCGUGCCAGCGAAUCUCGUCCGAUCGGGAACAUACAUCGAUAUCCCGAUUCGUUAAAUCAAACAAUAUCAAGAGAGGCUCCAUUAUCAACUAGUUCUACAUUAAACUCAUUUUCUUCUUCUACUUUAAAAAAUCAAACUUCUUCAAAUUCACCGCCUUCAUCAACUUCUUAUAUAUCACCAUAUUCAACUAAAUAUUCUUAUCCAACACCAACAAAUAAUUUCCGAUCAUAUCAUAAGGACGAUGACUAUUUUAAUAAUUUAAAUUCAACUCCAACAAAAAAUAUUAAUAAUAACAACAGCAAAACAACAUCUGAAACUGUUUUAGAAUGGACUGAACCAUACGAUCCAAGGUUUGCAUUUAUUUUGUGAUUUUCGAUUAAUCAUUCGAAAUUUGAAUAUUUACAGUAAACCAAUCCGUAAUGCUCGUGAAAUGAUUCACGAAUAUUCAACAACAAACUAUGUUCUCGAUUCGUCUCCAACUCCUCCUCCUCCACCUCCAUCUUCUUCGAUUCCAAAUGAAAACAACAAUACAUUUGAGCAAAAACAUAAAGCAAGAAAUUAUUUGCAAAAUACAUUGGCUAAACAACUCCGAGAUGAUGGUCUUACUGAAUCACAAAAAUAUGCAAAUCAAUAUCAAAAAACAUCGAAUAUUUCUUCAACUUCGAAUAAUUUGCCCUUUGAUGUCAACAAAAUUGUGAAGGUAUUUUUUUUUAAUUGAACUACUGGUAAUUAGAAAGUUAACCCGAUUCAGAAAAAUUUUGAGAUUAAAAAAAAUUGUUGCAAUUUUCCAUUUCCACUCAUGUUUUUUUCUUUUUAAAUGCUCUUCAUUAGAAGUACACUUCUGAAUCUUCUGUUUUUUCAUUUUUUUUCUUUUCGACAAAAAAUACAAAUGGGGGGGAAUACUUUGAAAUGUAUGAAUGAGGGAAGAAUACUUGAAGGCACAAAAUUAUUCGAGAAAUAAAAAUGCUGACCCCAAUUAUGUAUAGUUCGGAGCAAAAGUCAUAUUUUCUUUUCGAGCGAAGAGUCGUAAAAUUUCAAUUUUUUUUUCUCUGGAAAAAGAAGGAUUUUGAGAUUUAUGAGAGCUCGGUUUUCAAAAGUUUUUGAUGAAAAUUUGAAUUUUUUCGGAAUUCGGAAGAAAUAAAAUGCAAUGAAAAAAGGGGAGAAAAUGAGAAAUGUUUCCAAUUUCUCUCCUUUUUCGUCCUGAGCUUUUCCUUCAUCAAAAACAUACUUUCUUUUUGUCGGCCGUUUUUUUUCAACAAUCGAUUUUGUCUCCCUCCCACAUUUUUCGUUGUUUUCAUGUUUAUUACUACCCUUUUUUGAGUAUACAUUCAUAUAUGCUCUUUUUUAUGUGCUCUUUUUUUUUUGAGAGUUAUUUUUUUCAUAAUUUUUUUGUUAGUAGCAAAAGUUUUUAAAGCAAAGUUAGUUUUCUUUUCUCUCUUUUUCUGUUUUUUCCAAUCACAUUAUUGUUGGCGAUAAAUUUUGUCGUCUUCCAGAUUCUUUGAAAAUUAAUCACUUUUACUAGUUUGCCAGAAAAGCCCCCAAGAAAAUUUUGGCUUGAAAAAAUAGUCCUAUGGGACAGAGAGCAUCACUAAUUUGGUGUUGGGUGCCAAAAAUACAUCUUUUCAACAAAAAAAAGUUUUUUGUUUGACGUUUUCGGACGGAUAAGCAUGUGAGAAAAAGUGCAACAAAAAUUUUGGGUUUUGUGUUUCUGUUUUUGGAGGAAGAUGGGUUUUAUAUUUAUGUAUAUUCGAGGAAAAAAUUUGAAAAUUAAAAAAAUAAUAACAUUUUUCAGGAUUCAUACAAUGGGGAUGAAGUAGAUCAUCUUGUUCAUCAGAUGAGAAAUAAUCUCGACACAACCUACAGUAAUCCAUCAGUUGUACAGUAUCCAAGAAGAGAUUCAAAAUCACCAUCUUCCUCAGAUUAUCGAAUUCAAACAAACAAUUUCUCGCAGAACACGAAUACAAUUACACGAAAAAUUAUGAAUAUCAGUGAGUUUUUUUUUUGGAAUCUUAAGAAUUAGCUGUAAAAAUGUUGGAGUAUUAGAUUGUGGAUAG